GUUUUGAUCUUAUGGUUAACGAUGCUAAGUGGCUAUCUUCUCUCUCUUCCUUAACAAAUUUUGGCCUGGAUUCAAUGCCAAAUCUUGGCUCCUCUGGUCACUGGCAACAAAUGAUUGCUGAGCUUAUUCCAAACUUAAGAGAGCUGAGACUAGUUCGUUGUAGUCUUUCUGAUCAUGAUAUUUCAUCGUUGUUUCGUUCUCAUUCCAACCUUUCCACUUCUCUUUCCAUCCUUGACCUCUCUGAUAAUAUGCUGACAUCAUCAACAUUUCAAUUGUUGUUCAACUAUAGUCAUUAUCUCCAAGAGCUUCGUCUUCGUGGUAAUAAUAUUGAUUUGUCGUCUCCUCACUAUCCAAACUUUCCCUCCCUUGUGGUCCUUGAUCUCGCUGUUAAUGAUCUCACAUCAUCAAUAAUUUUAGGAAAUUUCAACUUCAGCUCCACCAUACAAGAACUUUAUCUAGAAGAGUGCAGUUUUACUGAUAAAAUUUUUCUUGUUCCAUCUACUUUCAUAAAAAAGUCUUCAUCUUCUCUUGUCACCCUUGAUCUCUCCUCUAAUCUAUUGAAAUCAUUGGCUAUAUUUCACUGGGUUUCCAACUUCACCACCAAUCUUCAUACACUUUCUCUUGAUCAUAACUUGUUAGAAGGUCCCAUUCCAGAUGGAAUUGGGAAAGUAAUGAACUCUCUUGAAGUUCUAACCCUUUCCUCUAACAAACUGCAAGGUGAGAUUCCAGCUUCUCUUGGAAAUAUAUGCACAUUACAGGAAUUAGACAUUAGCAGUAACAACUUGAGUGGGAAAAUUUAUAGCUUUAUUCAAAAUUCUUCAAUUUUGUCGUCUUUGAGGAGAUUAGAUCUUUCCAAUAAUAAAUUAACGGGUGAAAUACCAAAAAGCAUUCGUUUGUUAUAUCAGUUGGAGAGUCUUCACCUAGAGAAGAAUUAUUUGGAGGGUGAUAUCAACGAAUUGCAUCUCACAAAUUUGUCCAAAUUGAUGGAAUUAGACUUAACAGACAACUCAUUGUCUCUAAAGUUUGCUACUUCCUGGAUUCCAUCUUUCCAAAUAUUUCAUUUGGGGAUAGACUCAGUCAGUUAA